AUGGUGUGGGUCGCAGCAGAAUGUGUGUUAUCCAUUUUAAAUAUCCAAUUCAUGUUGUGGACUCUACUUCUGGGCAUCAGCAAUGGGGAUUGUUCGACGGCCAAGUACUCUUGCGUCGAUGCAGCCGAAUGUUUAAACGCAACACAGGGCGCCCACACAUGCAAAUGUCUAUUGGGUUAUGAAGGGAGUGGAUACUCUAACGGCACCGGUUGCACAGGUAUGAUCUCCACACUUUUCAAAUUUAGAAUCGCUGGGUCUGUUUUUCAGUCACUGCCUCUUAGAUUUCCUUCACUCUUUGACGACGAAAAUGGAUGUACAGAUGUGGAUGAAUGCAGUCAAGAAGACUUGAAUGAGUGGAUCGAACCAUCGCGGGAGAAGCACUUGCCCUUGGAAAGAAGGUGGCAAAGUGUCAUAGAGACGCCAGAUGGUAUAUCAUAUGUGCAUCAUGAAGCUUCUCAUUCCAUUUCUCAUCGUGACAUAAGAUUAUCGAACAUUCUUCUAGAUGACACAUUUAAUCUAAAAGUGACAGACGCAGACUUUAGUAUUUCAGCACCAUUUUUCCUUUGGCAGAGAAGCAACCAGUUUGCAGAGAAGUAUGAUGCUUAUAUCUUUGGUGUAGUUUUGGUGGAGCUUCUCAGUGGUAUAAAACCCUCCUUGUCUGGACAAGGCAAUAUGUACACUUUAUAUGACCAUUUCCUAUCUGCAAUUAAUAGUGGCCACUUGAAUGAGAUACUAAAUCUUAGAGUAAUGGACGCAGAAGAUCAAGUGCAGAUGGAGAAUGUGACAAAUUUGGCCAAGGUAUGUUUGUAUGAGGAAGGAAGGGCAAGGCCGUCCAUGAGAGAGGUAGUGAAGGAGCUUGCUUGGAUAAGAGCAACUUCAAAACAUGCGGGAGGCUGGUUCCACACAGGCAACACUUGA